GUGAGAGUGAGAGAAACGCUGUGUGUGAGAGUGAGAGAAACACUGUUAGUGAUAUGAAACAGUUGAAAAAACACUUAAUAAAUUGUAGUAAAAUAUACCUAGUAUCCACAAAAGACGCUGCUCCAUUGAACCAAUGCAUUUAUUGUUUUGAGGUUGGGACGUUUAACGAUUGCUCCAAAGUGUGGAAUUAUUGAGUGCUUAGUUUCACUGGAUUAUUUACUUUCCAUUUUAAAAUGGAAAUCUCAGCACAAGUCGCAAAAGGAGGAGUGCGUAAAGCAAGACCACCAUCUGCCAAGACCACUUUCAACAAUCCAUACAGUAUAAAAUGGAGUCCUUUGGCUGAAGGGAGCAUGGCAUUCAUCUUGGAGGUUUUGAAGAAUAAGUUUCAACAGGUUGGUUUGUACAAAAUAGAACCUACACACAGACCCAGGAAACCAAGAGCUUCAAAGGCACCAAAAAAUCAGAAUAAACAAGAGAACUCUGAAAAACCAGAGGAAAGCCAAGAGACGGUCCAGAUUAUGGAGACAGAACAACAGCAACUACAAGAAGGAUGGACUUCCAAACAAUUUAGAAAACAGUUGGCCAUUGGAAUUAAUGAAGUGACACGGGGUUUGGAGAAAGAUGAAUUGUGUUUGGUGCUGGUAUGUUUGUCGGUGAAACCUGCUCUGAUGACUCAGCAUCUCAUUCAGCUCAGCGUGAGUCGGGCAGUGCCUGCUUGUCAGGUUCCCCGUUUGAGUCAGACAAUAGCACCAGUGUUGGGUUUAAAGUCUACGAUAGCCCUGGGAUUUAAAAGAAAUGCAGAGACUUUCCUUCAGACCAUUAAAGCCAUUAUCACACGAGUGCCUCGUUUAGAUGUUCCGUGGAUACGACCGAGCAAAAGAGAAGAGACUGCUGAGGGAAUUGAACCAAAAGAGCCAAUAGACGCCAGUGAAAUGCAACAAGUUGAAUCAUCCUCAUCAGCUGCUGUGUUCUCCUUGAGUCGGAAGCGGAAAAUUUGUGAAGUGGCUUCAAGUGAAGCUUCUUUAGAAUCAAGCAGUACAAAAAGCAACGAAUCUGAAGUACAGCUUCUGCCUCUCGUAAUAAAGAAAGUUGUUCCAAAUCCAAAUAAAAUUCGAAAAACAAAAAAGAAUAAGAAAAAUAAAUAGUUUAGUGAUGUAUUGUAAUAUUAUGAAAACUGUUUAAUAAAUCUUUUAAUACAA